UUGGAUACCCUACAUCAUGACGUACGUCCUGUAACGUCCUGACCAUUUCGUGUCCUUUUCUGAUUCGACGGCGCCAAAGUAUCGCAUUUGCUUCACCUGUAUUUUACCAAGCUACAUAUAUUCGUACUGUAACAUUUGAGAAAAACGUUUCUCUUCCCUUAGUUACAUUUACGUAACAUUGGCUGGCAACCUUAUUAAAGUGUAUGCUAAUCAAAAAAGUAAUUCGUAUAUAACGCGCAUCUCAUAAAAGUCCAAAGUAAUCUGUUCUCAGUUAGGGAGGGAAAACAUUUAGAAAGUUAUUCGUAGAUUCUUAUCGAUUGUAAUAUGCUUCCAUCAAUUGUAAUACUUCUUAUUAUUGGAAUUGCGGCUGCCGAAGACUGCAAAGGAUGUGUUUCUCUGGAUUCUUAUUCUUUUGAUAAGGUAAUACCGAAAUUUAAAGCUGCAGUUGUUAAGUUUGAUGUGGCAUUUCCGUAUGGAGAAAAACACGAACAAUAUGCACAAAUAGCUGCAGCCACAAAAGAUUCUCAUGAUCUAUUGGUAGCUGAAGUGAGAGUGAAGGAUUACGGCAAUAAAGAUAAUUCUGAUCUCGCCGCUCGUUAUAAAAUAAAGCCCGAAACUUUUCCCUCCGUUAUUUUAUUCCUUCAAGGAAAAACAGAACCUAUUCCAUUUGUUGCGGACAAAAAAACUGAUUUUUCCGCGGAUAAUAUUAAGCGAUUUAUUAAAAUGAAGUCUGGAGUAUAUCUUGGCCUACCUGGUUGUGUAGAACAAUUAGACAGACUUGCAGAGGAAUUCAGGACUAGCGGAGAAACGGAAAGAAAGGAAAUAUUAAACAAAGCUAAAAUCUUUGAGGAAACUCUGCCCGAAACACAACGCGUAGCCGCAAAAGUUUAUGUUAAAACUAUGGAAAGAAUAUUAGAAAGAGGAGAAAUCUUUGUUCAAACAGAACAAACGAGAAUAGAGGGUAUAUUGAAAGGGAAACUAUCAAAUGAAAAGAAACGCACAAUGGAAGAAAAACGUAAUAUCCUCCAUUCUUUCUUAUACAGAGAUGAAUUAUAA